AUGACUGCCGAUACCCUCCUCACGCCACAUGGCGACUACACAGUACCGGCUUCGCCGACAAUGAACGGCAAUCUCAAAGCCAAAGGUAUUGUCGUCUUUUCCGGCGGCAGCGCUGCAAAUAACUUGGUCGACGUGUUCAAAACAGUGCGGGAGGACAAGAAGUGCCCACUCAGCUAUGUCAUCCCUAUCAGCGAUAACGGUGGAAGCUCGUCGGAGCUGAUCCGUGUCUUUGGAGGCCCAGGUAUUGGCGAUGUACGAAGUCGUCUCGUCCGCCUUAUCCCGGACGAUCCAGAUCACGACGAUAGCGAAAAGGCAGCUAUCAAAACGUUCUUCAACCAUAGGCUGCCCAAGGAACGCUCUUUAGCCCGGGAAGAGUGGCUACAAAUCGUAGAGGCUGAGCACGCACUGUGGACCAAUAUUUCAACUGCGAAGAAAGAACUGGUACGGUCCAUGUUAAAUGUUGUCGCAUUCGAGAUCGUAAAGCGACGGCGACCUUCCUCUAGUUUCGACUUUUCCGGUGCAAGCAUUGGAAAUCUGUUUCUGACUGGUGCUCGACUCUUUACCGGGUCAUUUGAAUCCGCAAUCUAUCUUCUCUCCAGCAUCUGCUCGGUACCUAGCCACACGUCUGUUCUCCCCGCAAUCAACACCAAUUUCACGCAUCACAUUUCCGUUGGCCUCGCAAAUGGAGAAGUAAUCACCGGGCAAAACUCCAUAUCGCACCCUUCUAUCUCGACAGCUCUGGUUUUCGGUGGCGCACCUACAGAAAUUGACGAGACAGAGCACCAUGACAGCAUCGAAGAUGCCAACCUACCCGGGUCUCUCCCCACACUUCGGAAACAAUACAUCACCUUCUCAAAAGCCGACGAAGAAGAACUACCUGCGAGGAUUGAGCGGCUAUGGUACAUCAACCCAUAUGGCCAAGAAAUCCGUCUCUCCGCCAAUCCCAUGGUGCUCAACUCAUUAGCGGAAGCUCAGGCUGUUGUGUACAGCAUCGGCUCACUUUACACAUCCAUCAUCCCCUCUCUUGUCCUCAAAGGAGUCGGCGAAGCCAUCAGCAACUCCUCUAUCCGCUACAAAAUCCUCAUCCUCAACUCGACCAUUGAUCGCGAAACAGGGCCAUGUUCGAAUCCGUACACAGCCCUGGACUUUGUAGCUGCCAUUGCCAAGGCAGGCGAGGAGUCAAAAGGCGUGUUCGAGUCAGUUGACAAGACAAAGUACAAGAAUUAUGUCACGCAUGUUAUCCAUCUGCAAGGGCCGGGGACGCCAGCCGUUGACAAGGAUGAGCUUAGGAGGAUUGGCAUCGAAGCUAUUCGCGUGUAUGGGAGGAGGAAUGAGGGCGAGGGGUUCGUUAGGUACGAUGAAAGAGGCUUGAUUCAGGCGCUUGAGGUUACGAUGGGGAAGAGGGACCCAAGGGUGCCUAGUCGACGGAAUACAUUGGAAGGACCGGCGGGCUGA